AUGAACGAGGUAGACCUCGAACUUAUUAAAUCAGAGGAGGAUGCUCGUCGCCAUCACACUCGCUCGAGCACUGAAGAGCGGCGUUUGGAAUUGGAAGCUUCUGCUUUGCAGAAGAAGGAAACAGGUUACUCAAAUUCCUUAGACGAAUCAACAGGGCCUGGGGUUUCCCGUGUUCCAACUGCUCGAGAUGUUGAAGAAGAUGGAGCAGAAGCCGAGCGAGUAAGGACGCUCAUUUCGAGAACUAGGACAGCACAAUCUGUCCAUGCCAAUACAAUUGGUGCGAACUCUACUCGGACAAGAUCAAGGAAGGAAAAACUACCACCAUUUGGUAGCGGAAAAGACUAUCCGCCCGACCUUCCAGAUAUCGAGAAAUACAUUGUGGAGUUUGAAGGAUUCGAUGAUCCAAUGCACCCACAAAAUUGGACCACCAAGAAGAAGUUUGGUCUGUCAGCCUUGCUCGCAUCUACUUGUGCCUUCUGUGUUUGGGGUUCAAGUAUCUUCUCGCCUGCCAUUCCCGCUGUUGCUAGAGAAUUCGGCGUAAGCAAUGAAGUCGGUACUCUCGGUGUUUCCCUCUACGUCCUCGGAUUCGCUACCGGCCCUUUGAUCUGGGCCCCCCUUUCCGAAUUAUACGGUCGAAGAUUGCCAUUGCUUAUUGGAAAUCUUGGGUUCGCUAUCUUCCAACUCGGUGUCGCUGGUGGAAAGGAUCUUCAGACAAUUAUUAUCUGUCGAUUUUUCGGUGGUCUCUUCGCUGCCUGUCCUUUGGCCGUCGUCGGUGGUGCAUUCGCUGAUAUCUGGGAUAAUGCACAUCGUGGAUAUGCCAUCAACGUAUUCGCUCUUACCGUCUCAGUCCCCGCACUUCUAGCACCAAUUGCCGGUUCUUUCAUCACCAACAGCUACCUCGGCUGGAGAUGGACUGAAUGGAUCACAGCUAUCAUCGGGUUUGUUUUGCUUGGUCUCAACCUUCUCUUCCUCGAGGAAACCUAUGCGCCUGUUGUUCUGGUAGAAAAGGCGAGGACACUUCGACGAUUGACCAAGAACUGGGGUAUUCACGCCAAACAAGAACAAAUCGAAGUCGACUUUAAGGAACUCAUUGAAAAGAACUUGUCCCGACCCUUAAAGCUUCUCUUUACCGAGCCAAUUGUCUUCUUCGUCUCCCUCUACGUCGCUUUCAUCUACGGUAUGCUUUAUCUCAUGCUUACAGCCUAUCCAAUCGUUUUCAUCCAGUACCACCACAUCAUGGGCGGCAAAUCUUCGCUUCCUUUUAUUGGCCUCAUUCUCGGACAAAUUACUGGUGGUAUGAUUGUUUUCCUUUGGGAACCUUAUUAUCUCAAAGCCCUUAAAGCCAACCGCGGCAUCCCAAUCCCCGAGAAGCGUCUCCCGCCUGCAAUGCUUGGUGGUUUCUUGUUUCCCAUCGGUAUCUUCUGGUUCGCUUGGACUGGUAACUACCCGGGUAUUCACUGGAUCGUCCCAACCCUCUCUGGUCUCUUUACUGGCGCGGGUAUCUUCCUCAUCUUCCUACAAUGCCUCAACUACAUCAUCGACGCAUAUCUUAUGUUCGCCGCCUCAGCAAUUGCAGCAAAUACUUUCUUGCGAUCCAUCUUUGGUGCUGUUUUCCCGCUCUUUGCGACCUACAUGUUCAAUUCCUUGAAGGUCAACUGGGCUGGUACACUCUUGGCCCUUGUCAGUGUAGUCUUGCUACCUUGUCCAUUCAUCUUUUACAAGUAUGGCAAGCAACUCAGGCAGAAGAGCAAGUAUGCGCCAACUUUUGGUGAUAACUAA